AUGGGAGGCAACGGCCGAGAUUGGGACGUCUGGUCCCAGGUUCUCGGUGAGACCUUUCCGUCCUGGAAGAUCGUGGCCUUACAAUCCUUGGUGAAAGGCGCACGGCCGAUGGCCAGUGGUGUCGACACCCUAGCGGAGCUGGCCGCGGUGGAGAUGGCGCAGAUCGUCCUCUCCGCCCUGGACGAGCGCGGUGACCGGAGGAAGCUGCGCUUGCACUGUGUGGGGCACUCCAUGGGCGGCAUUAUCAUUCGCGGUGCACUUCCAAGUCUGUUGAGCCGCCUCCAAGGUGAAGGAGAGAUUUCCAUGGGCCACUACAUGUCGUUAUCCUCACCACACCUGGGUAUUCGGGCCAGCUGGAGCUCUCCAAUGCAUGCUUGGAGGAACUUGACCGGCCCCUUAACUGCCUGUUUGACGCCGCAACUCUCACAGCUUUGUAUCGCAGAUGAGCAUGAGGGUCCGGCCUACAUGUUGGCCUUGAGCGAUCCCCAUGGUCCCUACGUGGCGGCGUUGCGACGUUUCGCAUGUCGCACGUGUGUAGCUGUGGCGGAUGGGGACGCCUUGGUCUCCUUGGCCUCGGGGAUCAUCGACCCCAGCCGGCCACGGAAGCCCAAAGCAGGUUUCGCCAUGCACUCCAAAGAAAUGGACUUUCCAGCGCCGAGCCCCGAGGGGGGCCAUGGCCGGCGUGCUUCUUCCACUUCGCAGGUGAAGCACUUCUCACAACGGCUUCAGUCGCAUCUCAAGACGAAGGCGAAUGACCUUCUGGAGGUCGCCUGCAUCCGCCGCCGAGAAGGAUGGAGUUUGCAGCAGCGAUAUCCUCAAGGACUGCUCCGUGACACGCCGAGCAGCCGCGACACCGCCACGCCGGGCAGCACCGCGACGCAGCACUCGGAUGGUCAGUGUUCAGUGGAUCGGGAGCUGUCAAAUCAUUCAGGGAGCCAAUCUUCGGCCUCAGGGUGUUCCGCGACGGGCACCACCAGCACUGCCACGCCCACCUGGACGCUGUCGCAGGAUCGACGCUGCAAGUACCCGGAAGAGCUCUUGGAGGGUUUGGCCUCAUUGCCUUGGCGGCGCUUGGUGGUCUCCCUGAAGCGAGGUCCCUUGACCAGCAGCGCGCACGUCUUCCUCAUCGCCAAGAAGAAACACCAGUGGCCUGAGGAGCACCGCAUGUCACGAGCGUCCGCCGACCCAGCUGGGCCGGACUGGAUCCUCGCUUGGCACAAGCAGAUCAACCAAGAGGAGGAGAAGGAGAAGACCCGCGCCUUCGGAUCGCGGCCUUCGGCCGUGGACUUGCGUGCGGUCUUGCGUGUUUUGCAGUAUCUGCGGAGCGACGCGGAACGCUGGGAGGCGGGGCCUGAGCCGUGGCCUUCGAGUGGCGUACGAAAUGUCAGUCGAACGCCUUGCCAGAAGCUGUCGAGGACCCGGAAGACACAGUGCCGCGUGGCCUGGGAGAUGUUCCGGGCCACGGCGCUGGGUGGAUACACCUGGGUGGCGCACAACAGCGUCUACCAGGGCAAGUGGGAUCCCAAGUUGACCUGGGGCAAGCGCUAUUGGAACUGCUGCUUCCACGAGGAGUUGAAGCGUCAGGAGAUUCGCAUCUCCGAGGUGUCGGAGCUGGAUAUCUUCAUGUCAGGUCUCACUUGGGAUCCGACCUAUUCCCUCAUCCUGAGACGCUUAGCCUGA